AUGAUUGCUGAAUGCGAUGAUACAGUGUUGUCCUUGCUCCAUGUCACAGAUAAUCAUCAAAAUUUUAUUGGCAUUUGGCUCGAUUCGUCUUACAAGGAUAAUAUUCAUGUAUUCACGCAAUUAACACGUAUUUUUAAUAAUUUAAAAUCAUUUGACGACGCAUGUGAAUGUAUUUCAUAUAUAGUCAAUCUACACACAAAACAAAAAAUUUAUUUUAUCAUUUCAAGUUCUUUUGGUCGAUUUGUUCUUCCGCUUAUAAAUAAACGUUCAGAAAUUCUGUUUAUAUAUAUUAUUUGCCAAAAUGCAUCUGAAUACGACAGCUGGAAAGAACAAGCCAAUUAUAAUCGUAUUUUUGUGUAUAAUGAUAAUCUAUUGUACCAAAAAAUAUUAACAGAUAUUGCUAAUCAAUCAACUGAAGAAUCGUGUAAUUCUUACAAGGAAAUAUUACCGACCAUUAAUUUAUUUAGUUCCAGUGAGAAGAAUUGUCCAAUAAAAAAUUUGAAAAAAAAUUCUAUUGCAUUUAUCUGUUUUCAAUUAAUUAUUGAAAUAUUAUUACGCAUGUCGGUCACAAAAAAUACAAAAGAAACAAUGAUAAAAGCAUGUAAAUAUUUUUAUCAAAACGAUCAUGAGGAAGAAAAAUAUAUUUCUGAGUUCGAGUCCGAUUAUUCUUCGGAUAAGGCUAUAUGGUGGUAUACGCGUCCUUGUUUUUGUUAUCGUUUAACAAACAAAGUUUUAAACACACAAGAUCCUCAUUGGUUAUAUACAUUUCGUCUUAUUAUAACUGACAUGCAUAAUCAACUCCUCGAAUUGUAUGAGAAAUCUAAUCAUACUUUACCAAAAACUAUUCUCAGAGGUAAAGUAAUGCCCUCAAGUGUUGUUCAUAAUUUACAAGAAAAUAUCAACGGAUUAAUUUCGAUAAACGGAUUUUUAUCAGCCACAACAUUAAACGAAAUCGGAUAUAUAUACUGCAGCCGAGAUAAUCCAGUUAGGGAAGGCUAUGAGCGUGUACUGUUUCGUUUAGAUGUCGAUGAUAACAUUGAAACAAAACCAUUUGCGUUUAUAAAAGACUGCAGUGCCAUUCCUGAUGAGAAUGAAGUUUUAUUUUCAGCUGGGACAGUAUGGCGUAUUGAGUCUGUUAAACAAGAUAAAGAAGCAUUGUGGCAUAUUAGGCUCAGUUCAAGUGGUGAAGAAAAUCAACGAUGUGUUGAACUGACUAAUUACUUAAAAGAACAGAUUGGUGAUACGCCGACACUAUUAACAUUGGGAAAUUUCCUUAGUGAAAUUAGAGAUUAUGUCAAAGCCGAUACAUACUAUAAGAUAUUAUUACGUGAGUUGCCUAAAAAUCAUAAAGAUAUAGGUGCAAUUUAUAUCAAUCGUGGUUGUCUUCAAUGUGAACAAGGUGCAUACGACCUUGCUGAAUGUUACUUUAACAUGGCAAUCGAAACUAUAGGAGCAGAGCAUCCAUCAUCAAUAUUGAUUGCACAAUGUAAUAUCGAAAUGGCUCGUUGCGAGAGUGCUUUGACUUUUGAAUCUUCUUCUGAUGUGUUACAGAAUACCGUUGAUUUGAUAACAAAAUCGUUAUCAUUAAAUGAUCUAUCACUUGGUAAACUUUACAAUAAUAUCGGUUACAUUCAGUAUAAAAAAGGACAGAAUGAAGUGGCUAUGAAAUACUAUCAACAAGCAUUAAAUAUUCUGUUAGAAUCUACAAACCGUAACCCAAUUGAUUUAUCAGCUGUGUAUAAUAAUAUCGGGGUCGUACAUUUCAAAGCUCAGUGUUACGAUGAUGCGAAAAAACAUUUCCAGUUAGCAAUUGAAUCAGGUUUAUUAUUAUUGUCACUUACACACCCAUUGGAUUAUAGAUUAUGCAAAAAAUAA